AUGGGUCCGUCUCUGAGAGAUCACGCAUCCUUCGCUCGUCCAUCCACUCGCGACCGGCCGUCCACCCGCGACCAGGCCGAAAAUUCCCUGGUGGUCCCCAGUCGCACCUCCUCGCUUCACUCGCGUAUUACCCAACCCAUCCCCUCCCAGAUGAAUGCCAAACCUACCCAGCGGACCCCCAAGACCCUCACCCAUGCCUACAUGGUCUGUGGUGUGGGCCGAGAGCCCUCCCAAUGGGUGAAGGCUCCCGCUCCGGCCCAGGGCAAGAUCGGUCAUAUGAAAGGCGCUGUCGGGCAGUUUUGGUUGCCCGAGAUCCUGGGCAGUAGCCCGCGCCUGGAACAGGACAACGAGAUUGCCAAGGCUCUGCACUCGGCCAUGAGGGCCUGCUUUCCCCACGAUGUCGAAAUCUGCACCGGCAAGACCCAGCCACACUGCGCCCACCAUGCCUUUGUCCUGCAACAGGACUCCUCACAUACGCUCUACGGUAUCGCCUUGCGUGUCUGGUCCCGGGCAGACGAGAAGCGGGCCGAGACCAUCCGUGAAUUGCGCAAGAAGACCGAACCCGACUUCUACGAUAACCCGGAUGAGACCUACUGGAUUCCUUACUGCCUCAGCUUCCUCUCCAGAUAUCCUCUCUACGACCUCCUGGGUGACUACCUGCGUGGGAUGUGGAUUCACUGGAACAAGGCGACCAACCUCUUCCAUGCCGAAGAGGUCUCCCGGAUUCUGAGCUUCCCUGCGCCCCGUCUGAACGAUCUGGUGCGCAUUGAUAUGAAGGAUUACGCUCUCUGCUACCAGUUCCCCUCAUCACCUACCGGUUUCCAGAACUUCUCCAUGUGGCCCCUGUUUACCUGUCUGUCCAUCCCCAACAUUGUAGGCGUGGUCGAGGCCGCCGUGUCACCAACCCGCCGCAUCAUCUUUGUCAGCCACUACCCGGCCAUGCUCACGAUCGCCGCCGAGACCAUCCGGUACUGCGUGAGGAUCUACGAGUGGAGCGGUCUGUACGUUCCCGUGGUUCACGCCCGCCAUAUCAAGGACCUGGUCCAGGAGCCCGGUCCCUACAUUCUGGGUGUGACCGCCGAGUGCCGCACUCUAUUCAAUGCCCCCUCGGAUGCCCUGGUCGUAGACCUGGACCGGAACUUCGUCCUGACUUCCAGCCCCCCGAACGUCUUGAACCCUGGGCAGCGCACCAAGUUCAUCAACCGCCUCACGCAGGCGUUGAAUGGCGAUGUCACGCCCUCGGGUGUUCCGAACCACCUUCGUUCCGCCUAUGCCGGCGGAAAACUCAUCCCCGCUGGACAGAUCAUCGUUAUGCGUGGCGAAGUUGAGAGCAUCGAGGAGCCCAGCUGGUGGAACCAGGACUCGGUGAUGGGCGUGAUGGACCACGUCUGUGAGAAAUUAGGACGGAACACCGGUAUGAAGGCCAUUUUCGGAGGCUCCGUGAAGAAGCCUCUGAUGACCAAGGUCUCGAUGCGCCAUCUUAACGAGAUUGUGCGUGAGCGUAACCAGUACUCUCGCGAUGCGAUGGAGGCCUGGCAAGACUUUAUCAAUCUCAAGGGCCGCAUGGACACUGAGCUGAGCAAGGUGACCAAGCGCAACAACUUCCUCGUGGAAGAAUUGGAAACCUGGAAGCAGCAGUUCCUCAAGUUCCAGGCCUUUGCCGAGACGCUCACCAAGGAGACCGCUGACCUCAAGGUCAAGAUUGAGAACCACAAACGCGAGAACCGUCGUCUCACUGGUCUUAUCGAUCAGCAGAAGGAUGAUGUGGCCCGUCUCACCCUUCGCCUCUCUGGCACCGAGAAGCAGAGAGAUGAUGCUCUGGAAGCCUUGGUUCUCCAACAGGAGAUUGCCGAAGAGCUCGAGCGCGAACGGAAGCGCAACCAGAAGGAGCUCGCCUCUCUGCAGCACAGCAAUGCCUCUCUCUCGCGCCAGCGGGAUGAGGCUCAGCGGGUCGUGCUGCAUCUCCGCAGUCUCAUCAACGGCCAGACUCAUCAUAUGGAGCACAUUGUUCGCUCUAUCGGUAGCUCCGCCGAGCUUUCUGAACUGGCCGAGCAGGAAGCGACGGAGGAAAGCAAGGAGAUGGACCAGACCGAGAACAACGCCGAGCCUGCGGUGUCGAAGCGUUCUUCCGCCGUCACUCCGCGCUCCGGAAAGGACGGCGUCAAGGACAUGAGCCCUGAACUGGAACAACAUCUUCUGAAUCUGGGCAAGGAACAGAAGCGUCUGGCCCGCCUCAGCAUCACUGAUGUGGCCGAUCGCUAUCUGAGAGAUAAGACCGACGCCAUCUCGGACAUUAUCCGCAGCAUCAAAGAUGAUUCGGACGAUGCUGGCAAGCAGAACCGCUUGGCUCCUGAGGGCCAAGAUGAUCAGAGCUCCCUCCGCGAGGGCAGCGAGAUGGGAGAUGACAGCACGUUACACCCCGACAACCGUAACUCUAGUGUGCCGCCGACACCUGAUCUCGUGCAUAACCGCUCCAGCACAUCCAUGUCGAUGGUCAGCAGCUCCACCUUCCCCGAGCGAUCCAGCCAGCAGUAUGGCCCUGGAGAGAUCCCGACCCGGAUAGUCGAGGAUGAUGACGAACACGCGCAUGAGACGGAUGGUCUUGAUGACCACACCGAGACUGGCACUUUGUCCAAGCAGGCCAGUGAGGAUCUCAUGCGGCCAGGCGCCUCACGGCUGGUUGCGUAA